AUGUCAGCGAUUGCUGAAAUUGCCAAACUUCGCAAAAUUGCUGAGGAUGCUCGUCGCGAGUACGCCACAAAGUCUGAAGCAGCGAAGAAGGUAACAGCAGCGGCGGAAAAGGCACAGCUGCAACUAAAGGACUCUAAGGUCAUCAUCAGCACAAAGGCAAAGUGGGAAGAAGCCAUUAAAUCACGUAAAGCCGCAUGUGAGGCCGUCGUUAUUGCACAGAAGAAAGUAACAGAAUGGGUGGAACAAACGAAAAAAAAAUCAACCGAGAUGGCAACGGGUCUGGCAGUAAAAGCAGCUACGGGAGGUAAUCCAGACGAGAUUAAAAAAGAAUUGCAAGAAGAAACAAAAAAGGCGGGAGAGGCACUUGUAAUGGUAAUGAUUGAUGUGGCGAAGGAGAAGCAAGAGGAAGUCUCAUUGCUGCAGAAGGUGUACGCAGAUGCUGUGCGGGAGAAGGAAACAAAUAAGGGUAACGAACUUGACCAGUAUAUGAAAAAUAUACAAAAUGAUAUAAACACCAAAAAUAAAGAAGCAAGUAGUCUUCUUGAAGAAGCAUCAAAAAAAGCAGAAGCAGCAGGGGGAAUGGCGAAACAAUUACAAGAUCGCAUAAAAGACACUGUGAAUAUCUCCUCUGUAAAAUCGAAUGUUUCGAAUCUGUUGAAUGGUGCUAAAAAAAUUGAUGCUAUAAAGAAAUUCUUUUAA